CUCUUAUUGGUUAACCCCACGAGCCAAGAUUGAAAGACUCGCCAUACUCGGUUGGCUUCAGUCCCACUUUUUCUAGCGCUAGUAUACCCCUGUUUUGUCGGGAAUAUGAUAGUUUGACAGGCGCAGUCAGGUGCUUCUUCCACACAGAAGAGAUGAGUCGCUUUCUGAACGUCCUGCGGAGCUGGCUGGUGAUGGUGUCCGUCAUCGCGAUGGGAAACACCGUGCAGAGUUUCAGAGAUCACAGUUUUCUGUCCGAAAAGCUCUACACAGGCAUGCCAGAGUUUGUAAAUGGUCUCCAAGCUCGAACCUUUGGUAUUUGGACGCUGCUGUCGUCGAUCAUUCGCUGUGCCUGCGCCAUUGAUAUCCAGAAUAGAACGCUCUAUCACAUCACCUUAUGGACGUUUGUCCUGGCAUUGGGCCACUUCCUAUCUGAGGCUUUUAUCUACAAAACUGCGCCGCUGACUAUCGGAGUCAUGGCCCCGCUCAUUGUGGCAAGUUUUUCCAUCAUAGGAAUGCUCAUUGGAUUCCAGUGUUUUUCAGAAACACAGGAGGAAGUUGGAGCGCGACAGAAAAAGCGUAACUGAGUCCCAGCAAUCUGGAGUUUCCUGUUGUUGAACUGAAUCCACCUUCACCAGCCUCUUGUGAACUGGUCCUCGUGUGCUGCUUGUUGCCUUGAAGAACAGGAUAUGCUGAUGUAAAUUCACUUUCUACUGUGACACUAUUUACAUUUACAGAGAUCAGCCAUAACAUUAAAACCCCUCACAGGUCAAAUAAAUACUGUUAUCUUGUGAAACUCCAAUAUUCUGCCGGGAAACACCGGGACCUGGAAUUCCUGGUCCACGACUGCAGUUGAUGAUGUGCUGAAACACAGGAAGAAGCUAGUAGUCCCUAAUCCAAAUGAGCCUUUGUAGGAUGUGCCCCAGCAAGGCUGAUCUUUGGGGACAACCACUGCUGUCGUGCUCCCAAACGGCACAUCCUCAGAGACCCUGCCUUCACGAGGAAUCAGAGCUGUUUUGGCGGCACAAGAGGAACACAGCAGAUUAGGCAGGUGGUUUUAAUGUUGUGACUGAUUGGUGCAUAUCUUAAAAUACAGUGGUCAAUGUGUGCUGCUUUAUAAUUUGUAAUGAUUUCAUAUUUAAAAGAGCAAUAUCUGGAGUUUUGUGUUGUCUUAACAGCACAGAUAGUUUAUUCUUUCUCGGUCUCGGUGUGGUGCUGCUGAAUGACCACUAUACACAUUUUCUCUUCACCAUGAUUGUUUUAUUGCACCAGAGCAGAGAAAGUACAGUUUUCUAGUCUUUCAAUCAAAGAAAGCCCAGAUGUACCAAAGAUCUCGGAAGGCUACGCAGUAGAAAACCACGCACCUCAUUAGAAAAAUCAUACAGCAGAGGUUGGUUUGAUGUUUGUUGUGUGCUGUGAAAGAUUUGUACACCCUGGGAAUGCACAAAUAACUUUGUAUAAAACUUAAUUUUUAAAAAAUAUCUUGAUUUUUGAUGUUUGUUAUUAAUGUAAUAAGUGUGGCAAUUGUAUUUUGAAGUCUUGUAAUCCUUUGUUUGAAGUGUCUUUCAAGGUGUAAUUGUGUUUUUGCACGAUUUGUGCUAAAGACUGAAAUCCCU